AUACAAGGCUUCCAAUUCCUUCAUUCAGCAGGAGGGAAUUUAUCUCUCAAUAAGAUUUGCUAAACCAUUCAACAACAAAAUUAUCCAUUUGAAAUUUCAAAUCUAGUUCAUACUACUAUGCUUCACCAUUAUAAGGAUCUCAUAAAUUUCUUCAGUUUCCAACUCUGCUUCAGAGUAAGAAGCUCUUGGUUCUAGAAAAGUGAUGCUCUUUUGCAUGAAAUAGAUACCAAGCACCAACAUCCUGAAUCGUUAUUAAAGUGAUAAAUAUGCAAUACAAAAUGGAGAAUGAAUGUAGCUGGGAAUACAACACACUCAUCAAUGAACUAAUUCAGGGGAUGGAUGUAGCAAAGAGAUUGAAGGAAGAGUUGAGGACACCAUAUUCCCUUAACACAAGGGAUUCACAGGUGAAGAUCAUACUAUCUUCUUAUGAAAAGGCUCUACAAAUUCUAAAAUGCAAUGAACCAACUUCCAAGACGCAGACCAUGAGUCGAGCAAAAACUUUGUUACCCGAGUCCCCGGUGUCUGCUAAUGGGAGUCUGCUGAGCGAGGACAUUGAUGGGGCCAUCCAAGAUCACCAGGAGGUUAAACACAAUUCAAAGAAAAGAAAGGUUACCCCCAAAUGGAUGGAUCAGAUAAGAGUGAGCUGUGAAAGUGGCCUUGAAGGACCACAUGAAGAUGGCUACAACUGGAGAAAAUAUGGUCAGAAAGAUAUUCUAGGUGCCAAAUAUCCAAGAAGUUACUAUCGGUGCACCUUCCGCAACACACAAAACUGCUGGGCCACGAAGCAAGUGCAGAGAUCGGACGAAGAUCCCAAUAUGUUUGACAUAACUUAUAGAGGAAGGCAUACCUGUUCUCAAGGAAACAAUGUCACUGAGCCACGUAAGUCACAAGACAAACAAGAGAAACCACAAAGUCAAAAUAAUGAUAUUCACCAUGCACAACCAUCACAAGAAAACUUCACUAAGUUCAGCAACACCUUGACUGUCAAAACGGAUAAUCUCGGAAACGAAGAAAUGACAUGUCCUUUCACCUUUCCUUCCACUUCAUUCGGAUACACGACGCAAGAAAACCACAGCUGGGUUCCUCCAGCAUUGGAGAAUGAUUCCUUCUUGAGCAGCCUUUUCCAAUCACACUUACUAUCUCCAGCAACACCAGAAUCAAACUAUUUCUCGUCUCCAACUUUCCACAUGAAUGAGUUUGACAGGGUCUAUAACAAGCCUUGUUCAGAAUCCGACAUUACGGAGAUCAUUUCCACCAACACAUCAGUCACAAAUUCUCCAAUUCCUGAUUUCCAUUUCUCACUUGAUCCAGUGGAAAUUGAUCCAAAUUUCCCUUUCAAUAAUCUUGGCUUUUUCUCCUAAUCGUACUUGAGAAUAAAUUGAAUACCAUGAGUAUAAAAAACAUCAUCUGAAGUAUUUUUUUUCACUAAGGCCGCUUAUGUUUGGAUUGUAAGAGCAUCAAAUAACAUAAUAAUGUCAUAGUGUGAAUUAUGUUUGAAUAUUAUGAGUAGAAAGUCAUGCUAAAAUAGGUCAACUUCAGAAAACCGCGGAAUUGUAUAAUAAAGAAUCAGCAAUGAUAGUGAGGAAUUUAUAAGUGUCCUUGUUUUUAAUAUUGGAAUUACAAUUUCAGCACUUUUUAGCA